CACAUCACAAAAGCUUUAUCCUGGAGGGUUCAUGAUCCAAAUAGACAAGCUAGGAGACGGGAAGUUUUCCAUCUUAUAGAUGGGAAAAUCGAGGCAGAGUGUGAUCUCAGGGCUGUUUGCAGCUGUGGACCAUGCAGAGAACAGCUGCCACCAGUCUGGGGAGGCAGGGAUGGGGAUCACCCUGGAAACUCUUAAAAACCCAAUGCAGAUAAAGGUGCUGCCCAUCUGGUGCACCCAUUUCCAUGCAUACCAGGUAGCUGCUUUGUGGUGCUCGGGAGUGUGGGUGCUGUGCAGGAAUGUGGUUGUGAGUGGGUAUAUAAGGGAGGAUCCCAGCUGGAUGUGACAAGGAACAAGAAGAGGUUUGACCUGCAGCAUCCCGGGCAGUGCUCUCCAGGCUCUUGCAAUGGUUUCGAGGAAGGCGGCCGGUUUGCUCCUGCUGUACGUGAUGUCAGUGCUGGCAGAACAGGCUGAAGGUUUUGUGCCCUUCUUCACCCAGAGUGACUUCCAGAAAAUGCAGGAAAAGGAGAGGAACAAAGGGCAGAAGAAAUCCCUGACGCCUCUGCAGCAGCUGGAAGAGGAAGGCUUCUCUGAGCAAUCUGAUGCAGGUAUCGACAGGAUGAAGACUAUCCAGCCAGCAGUUCCUGCCAGAGCUGGGAUGUGGCUCAUACUGAGACAGCUGGAAAAAUACCAAGGUGUCCUGGAGAAACUGCUCACGGAGGUGUUACAGGACACCCCAAACGCUGACUGAUAUCAGCAGCAUCAGAAGAGAAAGCGAUACAGCUUGGUGUAGCUAAAAGACUCCACUUUAUGUACAUGAAAUCUGUAAAAGAGAUUAACAACAAAAUCUGAGGUGAGAUAAUAAAAAGCGCAGCAUAAUUAAACGAAGGAUUU